GGGAUGUGAAAGGAGUUCUUCAUCCUCAUGACAUCCCGCACGUUGUGCCUAAGGCUUUUAUUGUGGAAAUGAGUGAACUAUCACCUGGAGAGAGCGCGGCGUGGCGCGGCUCAGCUCAGCAUCCCAUCCAGCUGGAGUGAGUCUCAGGAACGCGCUGCGUUUGGACUGUUACAGGAGGAGCAGACAACAUGCUCCGUCCCGAUACCAGAGGGAUUUUUCUUUCUCUGUGUCUUGCUCGAGUGGCUUUGUCGCUUCUGCACCCGGAGUGUGAAUUCUACUUUCAGCUGGAGAAAGAGGAGCGACUCUGCCUGCAGUACAUCGCCGAGCAGGAAAACAGAAGCACGGAAGGUUGCAGGCCAUUAUGGGAUGAAGUUGUCUGCUGGCCUCAGGCUGUCACCGGUGAAACUGUGCAAAGAGGUUGUCCUGCAGUCUUUUCUCUGUUCAGAAACAACACAGGGUCGGUGAGCCGAAACUGCACGAGCCGCGGCUGGUCAAAAGCUUUUCCAGCAUACCACAUUGCCUGCACUGUGGAUGAUGAUAUUCCUGAGACGGAGCAGUCGUACUUUGCCACUGUGAAGCUGAUCUACACCGUCGGCUACAGCCUCUCUCUGGGGGUGCUGGCUGUGGCUGUCUUCAUUCUGCUGAUGUUCAGGAGGCUGAGAUGUGCCAGGAACUUCAUUCACAUCCAGCUCUUCCUCUCUUUUAUCCUGAAAUCUGUGGCCGUGUUCAUCAAGGAUGCAAAUUUGUUUCCAAGUUAUGACACCAACCACUGCACCUUGUCCACAUUUGCCUGCAAGGCUUCUGUGGUUUUCUGCCACUACUGUAUGAUGACUAAUUUCUUUUGGCUCCUGGUAGAGGCGCUCUACCUCAAUUCCCUGCUGCUCUCAUCUUUCUACCACAGCCGCCGCUGCCUUUGGGGCCUCAGUAUUCUGGGAUGGGGUGUGCCUGUUGUCUUUAUACUUCUAUGGAUUGGAUCCAGGGUUUACUUUGAGGACACAGAAUGUUGGGACAACACCAAGGACUCUCCUUACUGGUGGAUCAUUCAGGGACCAAUUGUUGUCUCUAUUGCGGUCAAUUUUAUGCUUUUCGUGAACAUCAUCAGAAUCCUCAUACAGAAGCUAAAUCCUCAGCUGAUCCAGUUCAAUAACUCCUCUCAAUACAGGCUCACUAAUAGACUGAGUGCGCCCGGCACAUCAAGUAUGCUGGACCUCAUAAGAAACAUAUCAAGGCGCCUGGCCAAGUCCACCCUCCUCCUCAUCCCUCUGUUUGGAACCCAUUACAUGUUCUCCAGCUUUCUGCCUGACUACUUAAACAACCUACGCUUCUAUAUCGAGCUCUGCUUGGGAUCUUUUCAGGGACUUCUUGUUGCUGUCCUCUAUUGCUUUCUCAAUCAAGAGGUGCAGAAAGAGGUCCACAUGCAGUGGCUGAGGUGGCAAGAGAGGAGCUACGGUGUGGUGUCACCUGCAGCAAAGGGGAGCCAGAUGGACACUCCCUUCUGAUACCUCUCUGGUGUGACAGCCGAAUGUUCAAACGGGACUGUUUCUGUGCAUAUUGUAUCUGUCUAAUAAGCUGUAGUGCACGCACAGUGAUUGUUUUUGAUUCCUCAGCGAGCUCUUUGUCCGAACCGCAUGACAGACUGUUGUACUGACUGCCAGAUUCUCUCUGUUCUUCAUCCAAAACAGAGAGAAUCUGAAAUCAACUAAGAUUUCAACACAUGCUCACAUCUCACACAACAGUGCCGGAUAGUUCUUGCAUACAUCUCCCUAACCGCACACUAAUCCCAUGAAAAGAGCAGCAUUCUGCCUUGGAGGCAUCGCUCAUUAAAUUAAUCACUCAUAAUAAUUUCAGCAAGCCGAAAGAUCGGCCUAACAAUUAUAGAGCCGUCAUUUACAAAAUAAAAUGUUAAACUUGGGUUUGUUUUAAUCAAGAAAACAAUGUUUCCUAAUUUACAUUUUAAUGUAAACAUGAUGUUGACUCUGGCCUGUUCAAAUCAGUGUCAGCUUUUGAUUUUGGUGAGAGAGCAUUGCAUGUGCAUUAAAAAUAUACCUAUAUAUGAACAUUUUAUAUUGUUUUUACUCUUAUGCUCCUUGCUUGCUGUGAAUCACACUGAGCCCACAAAGAGUGAGGCACAAGUUACCUCAAGACUUCUUCUGCUUUCUUCAGCUGGAUUGGAUUUUCCCACGGUGCUAUUCAUACCGGAAACGCCAUCGAUUGAAGUUUUUGUUCAUUUUUCAUUUGCGUAUGUAUAAAAACCAUCUGUAUUUGGUUUUUACUUUGAGGUGUAGUUGUGCUUUCUUACCCUCUUUUAUUUAUUUAUUUAUUUGUAUUAAACUCAGUUUCUACUACUAACUCACAUUCAGUAUUGUGUUUGUUGUAAAAAUCUGUAAAAGUGUAUUUUAAUGAUAUGAUACAAUAAAUAAGCCUGACAUUGUUUUGUUUUGUUUUUUUCAAUCAAAGCACUUGUACAAAAAGGCCAGAUAUUGACUCUACAGGUCUGCACUUUUUGUGAUCUUUGUGUCACAGUGAAGAUCAGUGUCAUGUAAGAGCAUUGUUUUGCCUUAAACUGAAUGUAAAAUCUGUCAUAGUUUGUGCCAGUUGUUAUUAAGUCUCCAUAAUGGAUUUUGAUGUUGCUGCCUUGUCUUGUCAUCACUCUGUGGUAUUUCCUGUGAGUUCAAGCAUAGACUUUUGUCCUCAGUAGCCUCUCUUAGAAAAGACGAUAAAUUUCAGCUGGCAGCUGGGAAUGUUGAAACACUGAAAAUUAAUGUCUCACUGUUACUAACUGUGAUUUAAGCUACAAGUGACUUUUAUUACAGAAGCUGAUUUUUUAACGUUCUCAUCCAGAAAAUUAGUGUGAAACAGUAUUUGGAAUUGUUUUGUUGGCAUCACAUGAAUAAACAUAAUAAAUGAGCUUUUUAAAAUCA